CGCAUUCCGGUUUGGCAGCGACGCCUCGAGAUGGCGAUACUGUCGCGCGAACUCCCGCGUGGCGUCGCUCCCGUACGCGCCUGAUCGGUAGCGAUCGUGGAAUGGGAUUCCAAUAUGGCAACCGUCGUGUUAGCCGCACAAGUCAGUGUCGCGGAAAUGUUUUGAACUCGCUGAGCAGGCAACCGCGACGACCGGCCGACGUGCGACACAUAGGUUAGUAAGGCGAUGCGUAAAUGUGCCGGCUGCGAUACGCGGUCGGUCGAUCGGCGCGUGUCACGUAAAAGCUCCGCGAAUCCGGGCCGCCCUCGCGAGGACGGUCGCGCGCGUUUUCUCCGCUGUCGCGCGCGCGGUUCCGCGUUUAAUAAGCUUUCCGCGGGCACGGGACCGACCCGACGUCACGGAUGUCAUCGCUGUCCCGUGGACCGCACGAGGAUUCGACGCGCGCGUCGAGUCACGUACUCCGUAACGCGCGACGCCGCAUCGUGCCGCGUCCGGAUACGUAUUGUGUACGUUUAUGACGAUGUGCGAGUAUCUCUCUCUGUCAUUCGCGCCGAUCGUCCGUAAAUUAUCCGUCUAUCCUUUUCUCUCACCCUCGCGUCGCCCCCUCUCGUCGCGAACGCAUCGUCUUCGCGCGUCAGGUGUGCGACUGCUGCUGUCGUCGGUACUCCUCUAUAGGCGUGUCUGGUGAAGAAUACCAGCCGCGAAGCGUGUUGUGCUUAACGGCACUAUUAGAAUAGUAGACUAGUUAGAGCUUUAAUUAUCUGCUAAUUGGAUACCGGAAAAUCGUCGGAAAAUCGGAGGAUUUUGGAAGGGACUUCAAACAACCAUGGGGAAGCAAAACAGCAAGUUAAAGCCGGAAGUGCUGGAGGAUCUCAAACAGAAUACUGAAUUCUCAGAUGCGGAGAUCCAAGAGUGGUAUAAAGGAUUCUUAAAGGAUUGUCCCAGUGGGCAUCUCAGCGUGGAGGAGUUCAAGAAGAUAUAUGGAAAUUUCUUUCCUUACGGCGACGCGUCAAAGUUCGCAGAGCACGUAUUCAGGACGUUCGACGCAAACGGCGAUGGCACGAUCGAUUUUCGGGAAUUUCUCUGCGCUCUCAGCGUUACAUCCCGAGGCAAGUUGGAGCAGAAGUUAAAGUGGGCCUUCAGCAUGUAUGAUCUGGAUGGCAACGGUUACAUCUCGCGACAAGAAAUGCUGGAAAUCGUGACGGCGAUCUACAAGAUGGUGGGCUCCGUAAUGAAAAUGCCAGAAGACGAGUCGACGCCGGAGAAACGAACUGAUAAGAUAUUCCGACAGAUGGAUAAGAACAAGGACGGCAAGCUAUCGCUUGACGAAUUUAUAGAGGGUGCGAAAAGCGACCCAUCUAUCGUGCGACUGUUGCAGUGCGAUCCUAGUGCACAAGCUCAGUGAGGCCCUGGGCCAAUACAGACAAAUAUCAAUAUGCCAUCUGCAUACCCAAAUCGGUGCCCGGCCCAAUUAGUAUCCCAAGCAGAAGCGACGCGAUCGUAAGAAGUUGCCUACCGACGUUUGAUAAUCUGGUAGUCUAUCAAGGAAGCUCUCGAAAUAUUAUCUUCAUACGUCCAGUUGUUUUGAAUGUUUUAAUGUAAUGUAAUAUAUUUAUAAACAGAAAUAAUGUUACUCUGCUAAUAUUUUCUACAUUUGAGAACUAGAGAUAUUAAUGCGCGAAAUGUGAUUGUUAGAUGAACGAAUAUGUAUAGUUACAUAUGUUAUAAUUAUAAUUGGUUACAAUGGAUCACAUUUUGGAUCACAAUGGAAAACAUUAGAGAUUCGAAUAUCGAUAUGUAUUGGAGAGAGAAAAACGGGAAUUUAUAUGAUUAACAGCCGAACGUGAUUAAUAAUAUCUCUUAGUUUUAAUCCCCUAAUGUGGAUGAUGUUUUAAAUAUGUUAUUCGAAGAUAUUGUUUUGGCAGUUUCUGACAGAUAUCUAUGAUCGCGGGCGCUUAUGCGCGAAUCGGUGUGUAAGGGCUUCUAUGAAUUGGGCCGGUAUCCGAGAGGUCCAGGGUCACUGGGCCCAUGGCGCUUGCGCAUACCGCAAGCUAGUCGACAAGACUAGUCCAGUCGCUCCGUUUCAUUGACGGAUCGGUUUAGCGAGAAGCUUGUUACGCCUUUUCGGGUCGUAUUAAAAAGCGCGCCGCGCCCGAGCGACGAACGCCAUCCGCGAAAGAGAGGACGUUGCGUCGAUGCCGCCGACGCACCUCGGCAGGCUCUGUAGCUCGGUUGACCCGACCGUUCGAGAUGUCAUGAGACGUUUAGCGAAAUUCUAAAAUACUCUCUGUGUUCGUAAUACCCGUGAUUUUCGGUGACACGCAUGCAGAGCGAACAGGAGCUUCGAUGAGUGACGUUCAAGUUCCAUUAUCCUCUCUCUUUCUCUCUUUUCCUCUCUCUUUCAGAUAGCGAGAGUGUACGGAUCAAAAAACGUCACGCGUCAUAGCGAAUCCUUGUAUAUACAGAUCGCGGCAUCGACGCAUCCUCGGACUGCCGAUCUCAGCGUACGGAGACUCGAAAUGGUCUCGCUCUUCGGCCGUUCGCCGUCGCCGUCGUCGUCCUUGCACAUCGCCUCGUCCUGCUUGGUAUCUGAUACCCGAUCCGAACGAGGAGAUCGCCACGUCCCUUCGGGAGGGACACGCGGUAUCGCAUCUCCCGCCCUCAAUGGACCCCGAAUGUCUCGCCUCUCGGCCCACCCAUUAAACGGACUGACCCAUUUAACAGAAAAGACUCACAGGAGACUAAUGGUCGCGUAGCGUCCCAUGCCGCGCGCUAGCAACGAAAAACUUAGUGAUUUAGAGAUCCGCGAGAUUUAGGAAAGGUCACUGCGAAAUUGCGAACGCGCGCUGGCUUUUUGCUAGUUAACGCGCUUAGAGACCGAUCUAGAGCUUGAGCUAGUUGGAAGAGAAGAAAACGGCUGCGUGACGCGACGAUGACCAUCACACUAACACGGAUUAGGUUGCUCUCUCGUCGAAGGUGCUGCAAAGAAGAAAAGAA